UUAUCAAACUUCUCGUUCAACUGUCACAGAAAAUCAGCCGCGAAAAUGGCCACUUUAUUGAAACUUGCUUCAAAACAUUGCUGCGGAUCCAACCAAAUUUUGCAGGAUAAUCUGCGGAAAUCCUUUACAAAUCCUGCCGUUUGUGCCGUCGGAAUCAGUCAACUUUCGAGUCGGAACUUUUUCUCACGAUCGAAAAUCCCUCCACGGAAAAAUGAAUUGUCAGAAAGGGAGCAUCAUAGGGCGCCAACAGCAUCGCUGCUCGGAGGCAUACGGACUACCGGUAGUAAAGCGGCGACUCAACCACCCACAGCAUUAGGGGCCAAUGUGCUCGGGGGAAUAUUCCAGCGGAGGAAGAAAAAAGCAUCUCCGGGCUUUGUUGCCUAUUUACGCCCUGGUCUAGGUCCUCAAACUCGCUAUACCGGCUUGGCGAUACCGCAUGUGACAACGCUGCACACCUGUGCAGCAGCCAGUGGGUGUUACCGUGCCGGUAGCUACGGUCCAUUUCCUAACAGGGGUCAAGCCUUUAUUCUCCCAUUGCGGCAGCAACAACAACUACAACACAACGAAACUCAAGAACGGUCAGGGCCGAAAUUGUUCGCAGAUACCAAUAGAACUCCUCAAACACAACCAAUACGAACUUGUUUCCAUCUAGGGCACCAUCCGGCUUCGGGCGAGAGCAUCGGUUCCUACGAUGGCCCGGAAAUCACCGCAACCGAUAUGAUCAAAGCGAUGGCAACCUACAUCUGGCCGAAAGACGACGCACUGGUGCGGAAAAGGGUGCUGAUAUCCCUGGGACUGCUGGGCGGCGCCAAGGUGUUGAACGUAUGUGUGCCUUUCCUGUUCAAGAUGGGUGUGGACAACUUGAGCAACCUUAGCAUGGCAACUGUUCCGGAGGCAGCCACUUCGAUGACGAUAGCCGUUCUCUUGGGGUAUGGUAUCGCUCGAGCGGGGGCUGCUGGAUUCAACGAACUACGUAAUGCUGUGUUUGCGAGAGUGGCUCAGCACUCGAUCAGAAAAAUCGCUACCAAUGUGUUCAUGCAUCUGCAUAACUUGGAUUUGCAGUUUCAUCUGAGUAAGCAAACCGGAGCUUUAUCCAAGACCAUCGAUCGCGGCUCCCGGGGCAUCAACUUUGUCCUGACGGCCAUGGUGUUCAACAUCGUUCCUACCAUCUUUGAGCUGGCGCUGGUGUCCAGUAUCCUCGGGGUCAAGUGUGGUGCGGCAUACGCAGCGCUGUCCAUGGGAUGCGUCGGUGUGUACAGCGCGUACACUCUGGCCGUAACUCAGUGGCGCACAAAAUUUCGCGUCUACAUGAAUCAAGCGGAAAAUGAAGCGGGUAAUAAGGCUGUCGAUUCGUUGAUCAACUACGAAACCGUCAAAUACUUCAACAACGAACAAUACGAAGCCCAACGUUACGAUGGUGUGCUGAAGAAAUAUGAGGCGGCUAGUUUGAAAACCAGCACAAGCUUGGCUUUGCUCAACUUUGGUCAGAAUGCGAUUUUCAGCGUGGCGUUGAGUACCAUUAUGGUGAUGGCAGCAAAUGAAAUCGUCAAAGGAAACAUGACGGUGGGCGAUCUGGUAAUGGUAAACGGGUUGCUCUUCCAAUUGUCGAUCCCCCUGGGAUUUCUUGGCAGUGUGUACCGAGAAGUUCGGCAGGCCCUACUGGACAUGAGGACUAUGUUCACUCUGAUGGGUGUUGAAAGUGCUAUUCAAACGAAAGCCAAUGCUGCUCCACUGCAAAUCAAUCGCGAAACAGCUUCGAUAGAAUUUAAAGAUGUUUGCUUCAAAUACGCGCACAGUAAUACUAUUUUCGAUAAAUUGAGCUUUACGAUACCGGCUGGUAGAAAAAUAGCAAUUGUUGGAGGUUCCGGAUCGGGAAAGUCUUCUAUGGUACGAUUGCUAUAUCGAUUUUUCGAACCAACUUCCGGUCAAAUUAUGAUCAAUGGACAAAACAUUCGCGAAGUUGAUCUGGACAGUUUGAGAAAAGCGAUCGCCAUAGUUCCGCAAGAUUCGGUACUAUUCCACGACUCCAUCCGUCAUAAUAUACACUAUGGUGACUUAUCUAAAGAUCAAGCACACGUUGAAGAAGCUGCUCGAAUGGCAGAUCUGCAUGAGUCCAUUCAGCGGUGGCCCAAACAGUAUGACACCCAAGUCGGAGAACGAGGGCUUAAACUGUCCGGUGGAGAGAAGCAGCGUGUAGCUAUCGCAAGAGCGAUUCUGAAGAACUCACCAAUUCUUAUUUUCGAUGAAGCAACCAGUAGCCUAGAUUCUAUCACAGAGCAUAACAUUUUAAAAGCGCUCGGUCGCGCCACAGAACAUAGGACAAGCAUUUGCAUCGCUCAUCGUUUGUCAACUGUAAUGGAUGCGGACGAAAUACUGGUGCUGGAAAAUGGCCGCAUCUGUCAGCGGGGCACCCACGAACAGUUGCUCCACAGUGGGGGGUUGUACACUAAGCUCUGGGAUACGCAGAAUCGACUAUAUAUGAGCAACACUAAGAAAAAUUCUGAACAAAAUAGCGGCAACUAACCGAUCAAUCUGGGAAGAGGUAAAAAGCUUUGAGGUAGUUUUAAAGAGUUAACAAUUGUGUAAAUAAGUUGUAGAAAUCGUAACAUUGUUUUGACAAACAAUAGAAUAAAUUAUGUUAAACAAA